AUGUUUGAAGAAAAUCAAAUUCCGACGAUGAAAAGCGCCAUAGAGGAGGCGAAGGAAGGGAUAUUCUCUGCCGUCGAUUCCCUCUUAUCAAAAACCCAAAUACAGCCGGAGGAAAUCGACGCGGUGAUCGUUACCUGUGGAUGUUUUUCACCCUCCCCUUCUCUUUCCUCUCUUAUUAUGAAUCACUACAAACUCAAACCCGAUGUGAAAACAUAUAAUCUUAGCGGAAUGGGGUGUAGCUCCGGCGUUAUUUCUAUUGAUUUAGCUGCCCAAAUCUUACGUGGGGGUGGCCGGAAAAUCAAGAAUGUUCUGGUUGUUAUUACCGAGAAUAUUACGCUAAACUGGUACGAAGGUGAAGAAAGAUCGAUGUUGGUAACCAACUGCAUCUUUCGCGUUGGCUGUGCGGCGGUGAUGAUUACCAACGACCCAUCCCGCCGUUCAUCGGCGAAAAUGGAGCUUACCCACUCUCUCAGAACCCACCACGGGGCCGACGACUCCGCCUAUCAUGCUGCUUUCCAAGAGGAAGACGUCAAAGGCGUCACCGGAAUUUCUCUCACCAAAGAUUUAAUACGAGUCGCCGGCGUAAACCUCCGGGAACACAUCAAAAUCCUCGCCCCAAGGGUUCUGCCUCUGAAUCAGCUCGUGACUUAUGUGUACUCGGUGGUGGCGACGACUCUCUCCGGCGGGCAGUAUAAGCCUGUGAUGCCGGACUUUACGGCUGCGUUCGAGCAUAUCUGUGUGCAUACAGGCGGGAAAGCAGUUAUCGAGCAAGUUGGACGAGUCAUGAAAUUCAGUGACUCAGUGACUGAACCGGCCAGGAUGACUUUGAACCGGUUCGGGAAUACUUCGAGUAGCCUAGUGUUUUACGAGUUGGCUUAUUUUGAAGCCAAAGGAAGGGUAAAAAAGGGAGAUAAAAUGUGGAUGAUAGCGUUUGGAACCGGGUUCAAGGUGGGAAGCUUAGUCUGGAAAUGGAUAAAGGAUUCGGAAUCGGAGUUCGAUAACCCAUGGAAUGAUUCCAUAAACAAAUACCCAUUGAAAAUUUGGGUAGUAAAAUUGGUUUUUGGGAAUUCAGAUUAA